AGAGCAGCAGGAAGGAUUCCCCCCCCUCCCCGCGACAGCUGUGGAGGAGACUUGGCCUUGCAGGAGGGGCAGGAGAAAGGUCUGCCUUGGGGCAAGGGCAAGAAAAGUGUGAAGGAGGGGCUCCUGCUGAAGCAGACAAGCUCCUUUCAGCGGUGGAAGAGACGGUUCUUCAAGCUGCGUGGCCGGACCCUCUACUACGCCAAGGAUUCCAAGUCACUGAUCUUUGAUGAAGUGGACCUGUCGGACGCCAGCGUGGCAGAAACCAGCACCAAGAACAUCAACAACAGCUUUACAGUGAUCACCCCCUUCCGAAAACUCAUUCUUUGUGCAGAAAACCGGAAGGAGAUGGAGGACUGGAUUGGGGCCCUGAAGUCUGUCCAGAAAUGGGAAAUCAAUGAGGCUUCCCAGUUCAACAUGGAGCACUUCUCUGGCAUGCACAAUUGGUACGCCUGCUCCCACGCCCGUCCCACCUUCUGUAACGUCUGCCGGGAGGCCCUGUCCGGCGUCACAUCCCACGGCCUCUCCUGUGAAGUCUGUAAAUUCAAAGCCCACAAACGCUGUGCUGUGAGAGCCACCAACAACUGCAAGUGGACCACACUGGCCUCCAUUGGCAAUGACAUCAUCGAGGAUGAAGACGGGGUGGCCAUGCCCCACCAGUGGCUGGAGGGGAACCUGCCAGUCGGUGCCCGCUGCGCUGUGUGUGACAAGACGUCUGGGAGCGUGCGGAGGCUGCAGGACUGGCGCUGCCUCUGGUGCAAGGCCGUUGCUCACAGCACUUGCAGGGAGCAGCUGGGCAAGAAGUGCCCUCUGGGGCAGUACAAAGUCUCCAUCAUCCCCCCCACCGCCCUCAACAGCAUUGACUCUGAUGGAUUCUGGAAGGCCACCUGCCCCUCCAGCUGCUCCAGCCCGCUUCUGGCUUUUGUCAACUCCAAGAGUGGGGACAACCAGGGGGUGAAGUUUCUGCGCAAGUUCAAGCAGUUCCUCAAUCCAGCCCAAGUCUUUGAUCUCAUGAAUGGAGGGCCGCACCUUGGGCUGCGGCUCUUUCAGAAGUUCUCCACCUUCCGGAUCUUGGUGUGUGGUGGGGAUGGCAGCGUGGGCUGGGUCCUGUCUGAAAUCGACUCGCUGGGACUGCACAAGCAGUGCCAACUUGGGGUCCUGCCCCUGGGCACCGGGAAUGACCUGGCCCGGGUGCUGGGCUGGGGCAGCCUCUGCGAUGAUGAUACGCAGUUGCUGCAGGUUCUGGAGAAGCUGGAGCGGGCCACCACUAAGAUGUUGGACAGGUGGAGCGUCAUGACGUACGAGGCCCCCAAGCAGUCACCUCCAGCCCUCGGGGAAGAGGAGAGCGAGGAUUCCACCAUCCAGGCUCAGAUUUCUCACUACGCUGACUCAGUGGCCCUCCACCUAGCAAAGAUCCUGGAGUCCGACAAACACUCGGUGGUGAUCUCCUCGGCAAAGUUCCUGUGUGGGACGGUGAACGACUUCGUAGCUGAUGUGGGCAGAGCUUACGAACGGGCAGCCGACAGCAAGCAGGAAGCCGCCAUCAUGGCCGGCAAGUGUGCCACGCUGAGUGAGAAGCUGGACUCGCUGGUUCGGGAGCUGACCGAGGAGUCGCAAGCUGCUGUGGCCCCAGAAGGCAGCUCUCCAGCCCCCCAUGCCCAGGAGAAUGUGUUCCCGCCUGGCCCACCCCCGUGCAUCUUCAAGUCCAAGGAGCAGCUCAUGUUAAGGGCCAACAGCCUCAAGAAGGCGCUGCGCCAGAUCAUCGAGCAGGCAGAGAAGGCGGUGGAUGAGCAGAACAAGCAGACCCAGACCUACAGGAGCCUCUUGGUGGCUGGCAAGGACAGCAGCGAGGACUUCACCAAGGAGACUGAACCACCCAAGUCCCGACGCAACACGGUCAUCUCCACCACAUCCUCCCUCCUUUUGGACCGGCCUGAGAGCUUCACCACCACCCCCUUCGCCGAGGACCCUGAUGCUGAACAAUUUUCCGAAAGAUGCGUCAUGAACAACUAUUUUGGCAUUGGCCUGGACGCAAAGAUCUCCCUGGAGUUCAACAACAAGAGGGACGAACAUCCGAAGAAGUGCAGCAGCCGCACCAAAAACAUGAUGUGGUAUGGUGUCCUGGGAACGAAGGAGCUGCUGCAACGGACUUACAAGAACUUGGAGCAGAGGGUCCAACUCGAGUGUGACGGGGUUCCCGUUUCCUUGCCCAGCCUGCAAGGCAUUGCGGUGCUCAACAUUCCCAGCUACGCCGGUGGCAUUAACUUCUGGGGAGGCACCAAGGAAGACAACAAUUUUGGGGCUCCCUCCUUCGAUGACAGGAAGCUAGAGGUGGUUGCUGUUUUUGGGAGCAUCCAGAUGGCGGUCUCACGGGUCAUCAGCCUGCAGCAUCACCGCAUCGCCCAGUGCCGGAUGGUGAAGAUCACAAUUCGGGGAGACGAGGGUGUCCCGGUGCAGGUGGAUGGGGAAGCGUGGAUCCAGCCCCCAGGGACGAUCAAGAUCCAGCACAAGAACCGGGCUCAGAUGCUGACAAGAGACAGGGCCUUUGAGAACACCCUGAAAUCAUGGGAGGACAAGCAGAAGGGGGAGGGCUACCGAGCCCCAUCUCGGCCUCGGCUCAGCUCCCAGCAGUCCAUGGAGUACCUGACAGAGGAAGAGGGAGCCCAGAUGCAGCAGCUGGUCCAAGCCACCGAAACCCUCACUAGCAGGAUCCGUGAAGCUGCCAAGGCCCGCAAAGCCAUGGAGCAGGAGCUGGCCCAUGCCGUGAACAGCAGCUCCCUGGCCCUGAGCGAGGUCUCGUCCUGCAAGAGCAAUGGUGGUGCCCCAGAGCUGGUCAGCCGGAGCACGGCAAUGGAGGUGUCUGUAAGCGUCAAGGCCCUGUAUGCCGAAACUCGGGCGUUCCUGGAAGGAAGACAGCAGCUGGAUUCGCCCCAGCAAGAGGAGGCCCUCCGCCAGGCCCUGGGCACCGUCAGCCAGGAACUGCAGACGUUCUCCGACCUCCACUGGAUGGCCCCACUUGCAAGCGCCGUUGAAGAGGCUGUUGGCCAGGAGGCUCCCGGGGGCAGCAACAAGGGCAGCCUGAGGUUACGGAUUAAUCUCGCAAAGCCCAAGAAGGAGAAGGAGAAGCUCCAGAAGCAGAGAUCUGGUGGCAUCACCCCAGUGGACAGUUGGGGCCCUGAGGAAGUGGCCGCCUGGCUGGAGGGUCUUGAUUUAGGGGAAUACAAAGAGCUUUUUAUGCGCCACGACAUCCAGGGCUCUGAGCUGAUCCUGCUGGAGAGGAGAGACUUGAAGGAACUUGGGAUAUCAAAGGUGGGCCAUCUGAAGAGGAUUCUCCAGGGCAUUAAGGAUACCACCAGCCAGCAAUAGAGAGGGUCCUCUAAAGGGAAGAUGGCCUUGCACUUGGUGGCCAUCAUCCACCGCCAUUGGUGGCCUCGGGGCUCGCUGGGCCGUUUCAUUGCCAAGCCUCGCCUGCACCGGGGCCCCUAAGGUUUUCAUGCGAGGACCACUUUCCACCCUCCCAGGCCAAGCGUUUACAUUCCCACAUUUGCCAAAGAUUGCGGUAUGGCUGUGCUCACCCUUCCUUGCCUCCAAUCUCCCCAACCCCUCUGUGUGGCAGCUGCUGUGAGUCACGUUCAUAAGCUUGAAUUGUGCUUCUUUUCACGCACCCACUUGUUCCUGUAACGGAGGUGUGGGGGGGCAGCCUUCAGCUAUUCUUUCCUAUCAUGCCACACCAGUGCUUGCCUCGUCCCCGGUUUUGAGCUAGGCUCAGUGAGGCUGAUGAUGACCGGCUGCAGUGCCACCUGGGGUGCUCGCAGCACCCUAUUCUUGCAGUGCCAGUUUCAGGGUUAGGCAAGGGACAUCCUCUCUGCUGCCAAUGGUCGGUGGCAGUUGGAAGCACAACAGAUCCAGCUUUUCCAGGUCCGUUAAAGGAGUGAUGGCGCCUGUGAGGGGGAGCAAAAGGUGGCCACCGCCCUGCCCUUGCCACUGACUCC